CAGGUCUGCUACUUGCUUUCUUCGUUCGUUCAAUGGGAAGUUGUAUUCAUUUUAAAAUUAUCACGUUAUUUUUGUUUAUCUGUGAUUCUUUGCCGCUCGUAUAAAUCGAGCAAGAUCCAAGCGGGGACAAGAUCGAAGGGAUUUGCAGGACCACAUUGUGCAAAAAUGGGCUUGUGGACAUUGCUUGAGGGUUUUUUGCUUCUUGCAAAUGCAUUGGCAAUAUUGAACGAGGACAGAUUUCUUGGUCCUAGAGGAUGGAGUUUCUCUGAAGUUUCGGGAACUGGUCGAGCAAAAUCUUUGAAGGGGCAGCUCAUAGGGCUUAUCUAUGCAACACAGUACUUGAGAGUUCCACUUAUAAUUCUAAAUGUUAUCACAAUUCUUGUGAAGUUGGUUUCAGGCUGAGUCUGGCAUGUAAUUGAUGAAUUGUUCUGAAAUUUUGUUUGUUUAAACUUGCUUUAACUGUAGUUGAAUUAAACAUUCCUGCACAGUGCAGGGGAGCCGCUUAUCUCCAUGUUUUGUCAAUGUUUAUCUUGAUAAUUCUGGUUGAUUGGGGAUGAGAAAUAUAUGAGAAGCAGUUAAAAACAGGUUGUGGAUUGGCAU